AGCUCCAUGGGCUGGGUGUAGCAACACAGAGAAGAAGAGGCUGUGCCUGGAUUAGGGGGUUGGGCUGCUUCGCUGGUAGGAAACCUUCCGCCAGAGAUUCACUUUGUCUCCGUGGCGGCGGUUCAGCGUUGCUUUCCCGCAGCAUCAGCAGCAGCGACACCGCAGCGCAGCCUCCAGCCUCACCUGCGCUCCCCUCCGCCUCUGCUCCGCACUCACAUCACUGCCGCAGCACAGAGGAAGCAGGCGGACAAGGACGAGCAGCUGAUAUAAAAGGUUAAAGAUGGUGAAACUGGGGAGUAAUCUUCAGGACAAAGGGGCCAAACCUGUGAGUGUUGAAGAUGGCUUUCAAAAUGUGCCCCUCAUCACUCCACUGGAUGUUGGCAGCCUGCAGAGCCAAGCACCUGACAAGGUGGUGGUGAAAACUCGCACGGAGUACCAGACAGAGAAGAAGCGGCUGAAGGUCCCCAAGGUGGAGGAGUUCACCAUCAGCUUCACCGAUGGGGUGUCUGAGAGACUUAAAGUGACAAUUCUGAUUAUCCUGGCCUUGGCCUUCCUUGCCUGCAUUGUGUUCUUGGUGGUUUAUAAAGCCUUCACUUACGACCACGCCUGCCCAGAUGGAUUCAUUUAUAAGCACAAGCGGUGUAUCCCCGCCUCUCUUGAGGCUUAUUAUGCCGCCCAAGAUGCCAACUCCAGGGGCCGCUUCUACACAGUUAUCAGCCACUACAGCAUGGCCAAGCAGACCACCUCGCACUCCGUCUCCCCCUGGCUGCCUGGAGGGGCAGCGGGGCAUGAAGCUAAACCUCCGAACGGCGAAAGCCACUGAGUUGGCUUAGUAGUUAUGGGAUGUAAACACAUCCAGACACUUGCAGACUGAGACUAAAGAAAAACAAACAGUACUUAUAGACAAAGGUAGAAAAAGACACAGACAUGGACAAGAUGGUGAUUAUUUAGAAUAACAGACAAAAGAAACACAACUAUAAAUAUAAUAUAGAGUGAAAACAAGCAUGCAAACAUUAAAAAACACAAGCACAUGCUAAGUCAUACUCUAAAUAUGUUUUUGCUAAUUGGUAUGCUCAUUCUCUUGUAGAGUGGCAUCAUAUUCUUUUUCCCUUGGGGGAUUAUCAUCCUCUGCUGGCUCACACUCAUCGCCAUGUUUACCCCUUUCAUCUAAUUUAUAAGUCAUUGACUGCCACAACAUAAUUAUUUUUUACUGUAUGGAGGUUUUGUAAGUGUUUGCAACUCUUUGUACAAAGGCACCUGUAACUAAAUUCCACGCUUCCUUCUAGUGCGAUCCUGUCUAGCAGCCAUCUAUUUUAUAUGUAUACUGUAGUGUGCAUUCAUUUCUUUCUUGCUUAUUUAUAUAUGUUUGUACGCAUUUACUCAGACCAUGUAACCUCAUUAAUACCUGCCAAAUCUUACCCACACAGGUCACUCAAGUCCAUUUUUUACCUAUGUAAUACAUUUUUAGCAAAACCUUUUCUCUCUGAGGCCAAAACCCAUUUUGACUGAAUGAAUUAGUCCAUCAUUGCUGUUUGAUAGCUCUAAUAAAAUUACAUUGUCAGUGUGGUGUAUCAUCUGUUUUAAAUCCUGAAAUCCUUCCGUGACCCCAAGCUGUACAUGCAGUUGUGCAUUCAGGCUAGUUAUAUGUGUAUGCAUUGUAGUAGCAAGUUUUCUUUAUUUUUCAAAAAUAAACCUCCAAUUCUCUUCCUAAUUGCUUCAAAUGCCGGUCUUGUAGCUUCAUUAAACUCAGUGUUAAAGAUGGACACGGAAACAAUGUGCACAUCUCCGUCUUUUGCCAAAACUCUUACUUACCACUUACUUACUUUUUACAAUAUACUGUUACUGUUCAAAGAUGGGCUUCAACUGCAGCCGAAUUUUGUUUGUGCACUGUUUAUCUUCUUCUUCUUCUUCUUUUUUUUUUUUUUUUGUAACGUUGGAUCUGUUGUAGAGAGCGCUUCAAUGAGAUAUUGUGAUGUUGUUAGUUGUAUUGAUACCUGGUGUAAUUUAUCAAUGUGAAACCUUGUCCCUGCUCUCUUGGUUUGAAUUCCAAAUAAAAACAAGCUGUCACCUGU